AUGUCUUACCAGCAGCAGGAACAGUGCAAGCAGCCGUGCCAGCCACCUCCUGUGUUCAUCCCUAAAUGUCCUGUGCCUUGUCCACCCCCACCAUGCCCUGAGCCAUGCCCACCUCCACCAUGCCCUGUGCCCUGUCCACCACUAAAGUGCCCUCAGCCAUGUCCACCUCCCGUCUGCCUACCUGUGCAGUGCUGUCCUCCUCAGCCUUGCCAGCAGAAGUGCCCUCCUCUGCAACCAUACCAACCCUGCCAGCAGGAAUGUCCACCUAAGUGUAAAUAA